AUGAAAUUGUUUGCAGUGUUGGCAUUGUUCGUUGCCGCCGUCGCGGCCUCCUCGGAAGAGGAAGUUUGGUUGCAGUACAACCGGCGCAUGCCGGGAGAGUACUACACCAAGGGUCCGGCUUACCAGCCACCGUUCAACGGCCGCAUCGUCGGUGGAGUCGACGCCAACAUUGCUGACUACCCGUACCAGCUGUCUCUGCGUCGUGCCUCGCACAGCUGUGGAGCGUCCGUGAUCACUGCCCGGUACGCGUUGUCCGCCGCCCACUGCACGUUCCCUCCACCAGCACCGUCCGUCAUCACCCUGCAGGGUGGUUCCUCCGAUCGCACCACUGGAGGAGUCAUUUUCACCGUCGAGGAGAUCCUGAACCAUCCCAACUACGACGACUGGAACCUGAUGAACGAUGUCUGUGUUCUGCGUACCACUGUUGAUCUGGCCGGAGUGAACAUCGCUCCGAUCGCUCUCGACCCCGCUGGUGCUAGCCACGCUCCUGGAUCCCGUGCCGUUCUGAGCGGAUGGGGUAUCAAUGGCGCUGGCGUACUUCCCGUGAUUCUACAGCGUGUCGACAUCCCGGUCGUCGCCCAGGCUGAAUGUGUUUCCGGAUGGAAUCCAGGAUGGGUUACCGAUGACAUGAUCUGCGCUAGCGAGCCAGGCCGUGACGCUUGCAACGGUGAUAGCGGUGGCCCGCUGGUCGUCGGAGGAGAGCAGAUUGGUAUUGUGUCUUGGGGAGAUGUCAACUGCGUCGGAAACCCGCCAGGAGUGUUUGCUCGUGUCGCUUUCCCGCUGAUCCGCAACUGGAUCAACCAGGUUACCGGUGUUUAA